AUGAUGCCUGAGCCUGAAGCAAUGUGUAUUAUUAUUGAUGAUAAAUUAAUCAAACAAUGAAACAGUAACUUGUAUGAAAUGUGUAAAACAUAAACCUCGAACAUAGUUGCUUGCAGUUUCGAUACGAUUUCGCGUAAAUCACAUACUUCCUUUACAAGAUUAGUUUCCACUAGAUCUCGUGUAAGCUCUAAUCCUGGUCUUUGACAACGAUUGCCGAGUCUUGUAUGCGCCAAAGCCAAAAAAUUUUCCUUUUCUGCAAUUGAUUUCUCUAUGCGCGUAAUAUUGUCCUUCAUUUCUGCAGCUUGUCGCAUUAUCUAUCAUAUAUAUUUGUAUAUAUUAUAAUCUUUUAUUAAUUUUGUUCGUUAUGUUACGACUAUUUUAAUAAAUUCAACAAUCUGCGUUUAAAUUAGCAUGAAUCAAUAUUCAAAUAGAAAUUACAUAAUGCACAGAUUGUUUUUCAGUCGUUAACAGCUGAACGUUUUAUAGUAAUCACCAAUUCAUUGGUAUUCUUUUUUGUAUUUCAUAUAUUUUUUUUAUAACUUUUUAAUAAAACUUCAAAUGUUUAUGUAACAGAGUUAAAACUUGGAAUGCUCUGUACGAUGUUAAUAAUUAUUUUUAAUAAUUAUUUUUAAAUUAAUUUAUAAAUUAAAUGUUAAUUUAUAUUUUUUAAAUUAAAAGUUAUUCCAUGCACCUCGGCGUGUUGCAAUUCUAAUUUAAUUUUUGCUUCUUUCGUUUCCUCGAUGCGUCGUCUGAAAGCCUCGUCGGUAGCAUUUUUCUGGUCAUUUAAAUCAUCGAUCGCUUGUUUUAUAAUGGUAUCGAUAUAACAGCGCAAUGGUAUAGCGCUAUUCACCUCUUUCGAAGCAUUAAUAAUAUUGUUGUUAGUUUGCAUUUCCCAUUCGUUCAACUCUAUAAUUCUUAAUGUACAAAAAUAAAUUUUUAGAAAUUGGAUUUAGGAAAAAGCAUUGGAAGUAAGAAAAACAGCAAAAAUGAUACCAACGAUGGAUCAAGGUGUGAAGUACCGUGAUAGGUACUUAAAUUUAAACUGGUUUCCUUCAAAGUUAAAUUGUACUUGUCGAUACGUAAAUUAUUUUCUUUAUCCUCGAGUUCAUGAUCCAUGUAAUACAGCGUCGCUUUAAGACGACGUAUUUGCUCCUGAGUUUGUUCUAAAGUCCGAACUAGCAAAUUUUCGACACCUUUGAUUACUUCACACUCUUUAAAUAAUUCUUUUUCAACGUCAUCAUGGACUAAAUCAAUUCCUAAUCUAUGCUCUCUGUAAUUGAAAUAAUAAUACGAUUUAAUAGGCAUUUCUGUAAAAAAAUUAACACCAUACACCAUUGUCACGGCUUUCUUUUUUAUUUUGUACAUCAAACCUAAAACUGAGGCAUUUCUCGCAAAUGAUAAGAGCAUUUUUCCGCACGGAUGAUAAAGCAUCCAUGAUACGCUCCUUGUAUAUCGAUAGAGCAUCGAUUUCAAGGAGAACUUCCUUUCUUAUACGCAGCAGUUCUUUCUUACGAAAUUCGAUAUCCUCGAUUUUUUCUUUUAAUCUGUGGUCUGUUUCUUCUUUAUUGUUUCGUACUCUCUCAGAACUUAAUUCGCAAAUACGCUGAGAUUCGUUAAGUAGACGAUCUGCUAGUUCCUGCUGAGCCUCCGAACAUCGAUACCUAAUUAAUAAUAUCUUACAAAUCAUUUUUAAAUAUAAUUAUUUUUAAUUUUAUAAUUACAAUUGAUAUGAUAAUAUUAUAUAAUCUUUUUAUUGAUAAGUUGUUGGUUAUAGUUUCUCUAAUUUACAAACGUUUAAUAUUUUAAUGGAGUAUCGUACGAAUGUAAACUGUGCAAGUUUGAAUUUACGAAAUUAAAAUUGAAAACUCAUACCUGUGACGAUUAUUUAGAUGCCAUUGAUGCAAAGUAAAUUUUAGCGGAGGUGGAGGAACUAUUUCAAGCGCGCGAUUGUUCAGCAUUUUAUCUUUCAAAUUUGAAAAAUACUGUUGUACUUUUGAAGGGACAGUGUACUCUUUCAAAGUGGUAGUUUGAUCUAUAUAUGAAUGAAUCAGUGGAAAGACGGUUUCUAUAGAAACGUUUAACCUAUGAAGAAUUGGUUUAUUUUAAUCCAUUUGCAGUGAGGAAAUUAUAUACCAAGUAUUACCUUUGAGAAAAUUAAUCAUAUAUUUUAUAUUAAUAAUUAAGUAUAUUAUUUCUGAAGGGAUUGAAAAAGAAAAAAUGGUUUAAAUAGAAAAUUAGCUCUUGUGCGUAUUAACUCGUAAAAUACAUUACAUUACGAUUAAUUUUUCGUUUGUGAAUUUACCAAUGAAUUUACACUAUUUCACAGUUGAUAUGAUAGAAAUUGAUAGGAUCUCAAAGUAGCUGACAUCUAAUGACAAAAUGGAGAAACUUACUAAAUUCAAAUUGAUUUGAGAACUCUAUACGUAUAUUUUUAUCAAAAACAAAUUAUCAUUUAUUCCGUACUUUAAAUAGUUUGAUAUUGAAAUGUUUGAAUGAAUACAUUUAAGAUAAUUAUAAACUAUAAUUUAGGUUACAACUAGAUAUGAAACAACAUGUACGUAAUAUUCGAAGUAGACGAAAUAAAUUUUGUUAUAAUUUUUCAAUCGUUUUCAUAAAAAUAUCAAAUGCAUAUUAAUUUGCAUUUAAAAUUUGCUAAUAAAAUAUUAUCUAUCCUCUUAGUUCCUUCACUUUACACCAGAUGAAUCUAUGGUACCGUUUAAGUCGAUGAUACUCAUCUAGUUGAAUUGUAUAGUCACAGAGAAUGUCGAUGUUUUUACCUUAUUUUUUGAUCUGCCGCGUAUGCAACGCCGUGAUACAAUGGCGCCUUCCGUUAUAAGCACGUACUUUUUGUCGACCGUUUUCAUUAAAAUGUAAAGAUCUGUCGAAAGACCGGCUUUUUCGACAGGUUUCAGACGUCUAAAGAUGACAUAGUAACAUUGGAACUGUAUUUGCGGAGAGGAUCGCUGGAUGUGUUAGUAUACGUUACACCGAGGUAAGGAUUACUUUUGAUCGAUAACAAAAUUAUCAGAAACUGUGAGUGAUAAAUCAGUUACGAAGUAUUUGCUUCAUUCGUUUGAAAAUACACUUUUCAUAUUUGGCUUUUCAGAAAGAGGAAAACGCUCGCAGUAAAAUGUCAAAGCGAGCUGCGGAUGGCGGGGAUUCGGGUUCCCAACCACCUAUUAAGAAAGUUCAAUUCGAACCGAUUUUUAUCGGUUCUAUUUCAACCCUUGAAGAAAUGGACAUGAAAGUUUUACAGUUUCAAAAUAAAAAAUUGGCUCAGAGAUUGGAGCAACGUCACAGAGUAGAAGCUGAAUUAAGGCAACGAAUUGAACAGUUGGAAAAACGGCAAAUGCAAGAUGAUGCAGUGCUUAACGUUGUCAAUCGUUAUUGGAAUCAACUGAAUGAAGAUAUACGUGUAUUACUUCAAAGAUUUGAUGCUGAAACUGCUGAUGAAUCUGAAAAUAAAAAUGAAAGUGAAGCUACAACGUCGUUUCUUAUGCAACUUUCUUCAUGGGACAAAGAAGAAUUAGAUGAUAAGCUAGCAAAUCGUGUUCAAGUCUCUAAGCGUGCAGUUUCUAAAGUUGUACAGGCAUUUGACCGUCUUUCUCAGAGAAAUGAAAAAAUUACCCUUGCACUUAAAGGAGAAUUUGAUGGAGAAGAAGCACCCAAUAUUGACGAAGUUGUGCGUAGAGCAAAUGCUGAAAUACAAAUGGAAAAUAGGAAUCUUCAAGCAAUAAAUAUACAGCUCCAUGAAAAAUACCACACUAUUUCAUUAAAAAUGUCAGAACUACAGGAUACCAUUACAGGAAAAGAUACACUUGCUGCGGAGCUGCGUAACCAAGUGGACGAUCUUCAAUACGAAUUGAAUAAAGUGAGAGCACGUAAUGAUAAAUUAGAACAUCAUCUUGGAGAAGCAAUUGAGAAACUAAAAGCGUUUCAACAAAUACAUGGUACAGAUGAAAAAGGAAGUAAUAAACCAAAUACUCUAGUUGCUUCGAGUGUGUCACAAACAAAGCUUGAAGAUUUACAAAGGGAAUUGGAAGAAACCAGAGAGUUAGCUAAUAACAGACUACAAGAACUAGAUAAACUGCAUCAACAGCAUCGCGAUGCAUUGAAAGAAGUAGAAAAAUUAAAAAUGGAUAUACGACAACUUCCAGAAUCGGUAAUCGUUGAGACGACCGAAUACAAAUGUUUACAGUCACAAUUUUCUGUACUAUACAAUGAAUCGAUGCAAUUGAAAACUCAAUUAGACGAUGCUCGUCAGCAAUUGCAAUCCAGUAAAAAUGCUCAUUUACGACAUAUUGAAAUGAUGGAGGCAAGUAGCGAAGAACUCAUGGCACAGAAGAAACUACGCGGAGAAUGCAUACAACUGGAAGACGUUUUAGCUCAAUUACGAAAGGAGUAUGAAAUGUUAAGAAUCGAAUUUGAACAAAAUUUAGCGGCAAACGAACAAACAGGGCCGAUAAAUCGAGAAAUGAGACAUUUGAUUACAUCUUUGCAAAAUCAUAAUCAACAACUUAAAGGCGAAGUCCAUCGUUAUAAACGAAAAUACAAAGAAGCUUCAUCGGAAAUACCGAAACUGAAGAAAGAAAUCGAAGAAUUGACAACAAAAUUAGGCCAACAAACGUCUCAGGAAAACAAAGAAGGCAAUAAUUCGGAUGGCAGCGGAAAAGAAGAAGAUGCAUCGAAUUCUCUUCCAGGUUCUACACAGAUAAAGGAAGAGAGUGGAGUCUCAAUGAAAAGAGAAUCUGGAGAAGAAGAAGUAGAAACUAUUGAAGUUGGAGAGGGAGAAGGAAAUAAAGGAACUCCAGAUUCUUUGACAUUAACAUCGCCAACUUUAAAGAAAGAAAAAGAUAAUAAACGUGAAAAAGAUACAAAGAAAGAAACUAUUAAAACUGAACAUCGCGAUCCUGCACAUCGUGCCAAAGACACGAAGGUAGCGGAAUCAGAACUUGUUAGAGAUCUGAAAGCACAACUUAAAAAGGCUGUGAAUGAAAUGAAAGAAAUGAAAUUAUUAUUGGACAUGUACAAAGGUGUUGGAAAAGAACAAAGAGAUAAAGUGCAACUAAUGGCAGCUGAAAGAAAAACGAGAGCGGAAUUAGAUGAAUUACGUCAACAAAUAAAGAAAAUUCAGGAAAGCAAGAGAGAAGAGCGCAAAAAAUUGGCAGAUGAAGAUGCACAAAUAAAGAUUAAAAAAUUAGAAGAACAAGCAUAUACUCUUCAGCGUCAAGUUGCUUCUCAAAAGCAGGAAGAGGAGGCUCUUUUGAAUGAAAUGGAAGUAACCGGCCAAGCUUUUGAAGAUAUGCAAGAACAAAAUUCCAGACUAAUUCAACAAUUACGUGAAAAAGAUGACGCGAAUUUUAAACUUAUGACGGAAAGAAUUAAAAGUAAUCAAUUGCAUAAAUUAGCUAGGGAAGAGAAAGACGUUUUAAAAGAGCAAGUUUCUACCUUAACAACGCAAGUCGAAGCUGCCAAUGUCGUUGUUCGUAAAUUAGAAGAGAAAGAACGUCUUUUACAAAAUUCUCUUGCUACUGUCGAGAAAGAACUGGCUUUGAGGCAACAGGCAAUGGAAAUGCAUAAAAGGAAAGCUAUUGAAAGUGCUCAGUCUGCAGCUGAUUUAAAACUUCAUCUUGGAAGAAAUAGCUCAAUUGAGACGUAAAGUUGAAAGAAUGAAGAAAAUAGAACUUGCUGAAACAUUGGAUGAAGUAAUGGCAGAAGAACUUCGAGAAUAUAAAGAAACACUUACAUGUCCUUCUUGUAAAGUUAAGCGCAAAGAUGCGGUUCUAACAAAAUGUUUUCAUGUAUUUUGUUGGGAUUGCUUACGUACACGAUAUGAGACUAGGCAACGAAAAUGUCCAAAAUGUAAUUGUGCUUUUGGAGCUAAUGAUUAUCAUCGUUUAUACCUCUCUACGUGAAGAAGAAAAGUUUAAAUUAUUAAAAUUCAUGUCAUGUCUCUUAAUUGAAUUGUGUAAAUUUUUCUUACUAUUACGAUGUGUAUUCUUUCAUAUAUUUUCUAUUUAUUAUUAUGAUCAUGGUUAAUUAAAAAUACAAUUGCACUUUUUAUGAGGAAAAGAAAAUAUUGCUACUACUCUGAAUGUAAUAUAAAAAAAGUGCUGCAUUUUUUAAUAAUUUUGUGAUGAUUUCACCGAAUGAACUAUAAUUUUCAUUAAUUCUGAUCUCAGGUCAAUUCUGUAAAAGGUGUUUUAUUUUUUUUUCCUUUUUUUUUUUUUUUUGACAGUAGCACGAUAGAUAGGAUACUAGAAUAA